AUGGCUGCGCAGCCGGCGCUGAAGGACUACGGCUAUGAAGAUCUAAAGGUCAUUGGUCGAGGCCAGUACGGGAAGGCGCACUUGGUUCGCAGUGAAGGCGACGAGCAGUACUACAUCGCCAAGACAAUUGACCUCACGUGCCUCUCGAGCAAGGAGCGGGAGACGGCAAAGCAGGAGGUAGCUCUUCUCAGCCGCCUCAAUCACCCCAAUAUCGUGUCUUACAAAGACAACUUCUUCAUGGGCGCCAACCAGGAUACCUUGGUCAUCAUUAUGCAGUACUGCGAAGGAGGUGAUCUGGCCACUUACAUCAAGGACAUGUUAAAGAAGAAGACCCGGAUCGAUGAGUACCAGAUCAUGCAUUACUUCGUGCAGAUUCUGCAGGCCUUGCAGUAUAUCCACGGCGAACGGAUUCUACACAGAGACCUGAAAACCUCCAACCUCUUCCUCAUGAAGAGCAAAUCUGUCGUGAAGCUUGGGGACUUCGGCAUCUCCAGGGUCCUGGAAGGCUCCAUUGAGGCGGCUAUCACCGUGGUUGGAACCCCGUACUACAUGUCCCCGGAGGUGUGCGAAAACAAGCCGUACACCUUCAAGAGCGAUGUGUGGUCUCUGGGGUGCUGCCUUUACGAGCUGUGCAUGCUGAAGCAUGCUUUCUCUGCCGACAACCUUCUGGGGCUUGUGUACAAGAUUGUGAGCGACAAGUACGAGCCAAUCCCCGAGCGCUACACGCCACAGCUCAACACUUUGAUUCAGCGCAUGUUGGAGAAGACUGCAGAGCAGCGACCAAGCGUGAGGGACCUCCUCGCCGAUCCGUAUGUGCAGUCUUUCAUGAAUGCGGCCGUGCAGAAUCGCCACAGUCAGAGUGCAACUGAAGGGCCAACUCCUUCAGGCGCAGGCGGCAUCACCUUGCCGCGGAGCUCCGGCAGUGUACGGUCAGGAGGCGCGCCGCCUCGACCGCCCAGCUUCCCACCGGCCGAAGUGCAAUGCGGCAUUCGGCCCGGACAGAAGCAAGUCCGACAGACUGGCAGAACUGCCGCGUCACGCGCGGCUGCGCGGGCUUCAGAGACGCCCAAAGAGGCGGCGGCCCGACGUAAGCGCGAGGCGGCAGAUCGCAAGGCAGAGCAAAUGAAAAUGGCGGCAAAGCAGUCGAUGCACAACAAGACGGUUGCAAGACAGAUGCGGGAAGCAGAGUUUCAGACAACGCUGGCCAGCGGUCUCGGCGCUGCUGUGACAAGCCCAAGUCCGCCGUCCCCUCCGCCCAGUGGUUUUGGGGCUGGAGGACAUGCUGCCACUAGCGGGGUGAGUGCCAGCCCAAGCCCGACAGCCAGCCCGAUGCACUUCGACGAUGAUAUCGACGAGGACGAUCUGCCUCUCGAAGAAAUCGACGAAAGUGACUACUCCGAAGAGUAUGAGGAUGACUUUGAAGAUGAGCCGUAUUCAGAGGAGGAGCCCGUCAUGUCUGACAUCGAGGAGGUCUACAUGGGCCCGGGUGCAGGUGCUUUGUCCAUCGUCCGUGAAGAAGAAGAUCUCUCAAGGGUGAUGAACAACUAUGAGCAGGAUCUGGCCAGGAACUCCGGCUCCGCCUCCCCUGCUCCUUCACCGACCCUUCAGCCGCAGCUCGGCUGUCAGCCAAGGAAUUUUAUGCGCAUUGCAGCGUGUUUCCUAAUCAUCCGUGCGUUCAUCUAA